AUGAUUGAGGCAGCUAGAAAUGUCAAAGUCCGGUACCCUGGAUCUGAUGAGUUUGAAGUAGAUGAUGAGAAUGUAAACCCAUGUAAAACUCAUGUUCUAGUUUUGGGUAAGCACUUGUGUGAUUGUGGGAUGUGGCAACUAUUGGAAAUUCCUUGUGUUCAUACUAUUGUCUAUUUGUUACACAAGAACAUUUCCAACUAUGAACAUUAUGUUGAUCCGAAGCUUAGAAUUCCGAUGUACCUGCAAACUUAUGCAUACAUGGUCCACCUUGUUCCCAACAAGACUGGUUGGCCAGAGGUUAGUGAUGAAUAUAUUUGGCCACCAUACAGGCGGCCCAAGGUUGGCAGACCUUCUAAAUCAAGAAGGAGAGAUCCAAAUGAAGAGCCAAAAUCUAAAAGGGUCUCUACACUUAGGUGUAAUGUCUGCAGUGUCUUGGGGCAUAACAAAAGUGAACCUUUGUGUCCACAAUGA